GCUUGACCAAAAAAAAAAAAAAAAAACCAUGCUUGAUGUCAUUGCGUGAGAAUUUUUUUUUUUUUUUCGCCAAAUCUUGUAUUGUCACUAAUUUCUUGUUGAAUUAAUUUUGAUUUUUUUGUUUGCGGAAUUUAUUGAUUUUUUUUUGAAACAACAAUAAUAAUGGCUGCACAAAUUCUCAACAGUCUUGGCCGGCUAGGUAUUGGUUUAGCUAUUGGUGCUAGUGUUCUGAAUACUUCAUUGUAUAAUGUCGACGGUGGAUCACGAGCUGUUAUUUUUGAUCGUUUUGCUGGCAUUAAAAAUGUUGUCGGUGAAGGUACACAUUUUUUGAUUCCAUGGGUACAACGUGCCAUCAUAUAUGAUAUACGAUCACGACCAAAAUCGGUAUCAGUAAUAACCGGCAGUAAAGAUUUACAAACAGUCAAUAUUACAUUGAGGAUAUUAUUCCGUCCAAUACCAUCGGAAUUGCCGAAAUUAUAUAGUAGUCUAGGUGAAGAUUAUGAUCAACGUGUAUUGCCAUCGAUUACAAAUGAAGUACUAAAAGCUGUUGUUGCACAAUUUGAUGCCGGCGAAUUGAUUACACAACGUGAAAUUGUAUCAAGUCGUGUUAGUGAAGAUUUAACUGAACGUGCCUCUCAUUUUGGUCUUGUACUUGAUGACAUUUCUUUGACACAUUUAGGUUUUGGUCGUGAAUUUACGGCUGCUGUUGAAAUGAAACAAGUUGCACAACAGGAUGCAGAACGUGCCCGUUUUGUUGUGGAAAAAGCUGAACAUUUGAAAAAAGCAGCAGUUAUCAGUGCUGAAGGUGAUUCACAAGCAGCAUCAUUAUUGGCUAAAGCAUUUGGUGAUUGUGGUGAAGCAUUGGUUGAAUUACGUCGUAUGGAAGCUGCUGAAGAAAUUGCUAAACAAUUAUCACGUUCACGUAAUAUUGCCUAUCUUCCACCUGGUCAACAUACAUUAUUAAGUUUACCACAAAUGUAAUAAAACAAAUGUGAAAAUUCAAGUGACCAUCAUCUUUGAACAUCAAGAUUGUUCAUCAAGAUUUCCGUUUUUUUUCCUCCUAUUAAUAGUUUCUUGAAAAUUCUGUAAUUCUGUAGUGCAAAAAAAAAUUCCAAGUAAAUCAUUGAAUUUUUUUUUCUUGUAUUUGAAUCAGAUGAAUAAAUAAAUAAACAAA